CUUUAUUUGUUGAUCAAACGCGGCGUGAUAGUGUCGUGCUAGAGGACGUCAUGAGGACAUUACUGAUAAGUGUGCUGUGUGUUGUCACAGUUUAUGCUCAAUAUGAUUCCCCUACACCACCAAGGAUUCAAAUUCCUGGAGCCAUUUUAGGAGCAGGAGGAGGUAGACAAGGUGGUUUUAGACAAAGUAGAGUACAAGCAGCUCCAGUCCCUGGAAUAGUAGCAAGAAUAAGAAGGCCUGGACUUUCUAGACCAUCAUUCAAAUCAGUAGAUGCUGCGCCCCGACCCAACCUACAGUCUCUUGACGAUCAAUCAAAACCGGUCACCGAAGAACCUGAAGAUGAAAUAGAAAUAAACACGCCCACAGCUUAUGUACCAAAUGUGUUUUCAACUGCUGAACCACAAAACGAUUUUUUCGAUAUAACAACAACAUCUCAACCUAAGCCUCCAGCUGUUUUUAAUUCUUCUCCAUUUCAACAAACUACACCAAGUGCACCAAAACCCGAACCCAUAAGGCCAACACAAUACCGUCCAUUAUUACCCCAAUCAUUUAGCCCCGUAAGAAAUGAACCCGCUGCAAGACCACAACCAGCUAGACUUCAGCCUUUAUCAAGUAGGCCGCAAAGACCUGCGUUUAGACCCGAACCUAAACCUUUCAUAAACGAGGACGAUGACUACGUUCAACCCGUAAGGCAACACUCCCGCCCACAAGAACCCAUUCGUGCACCCGCAAAAAGUUCACCCCAACAAAAAUACACUUCUUCAAAUUCCAGAGAGAAAAAGCCAGUAGCUCAAAUUAUACGUAAAUAUCGCGAAGAAAAUGAAGAUGGCAGUAUAACAUGGGGAUUCGAAAAUGACGAUGGAUCCUUUAAAGAGGAAACUAUUGGUGUAGACUGUAUUGUUCGUGGUAAAUAUGGAUAUGUUGACCCUGACGGGUUGAAACGAGAAUACAACUAUGAUACUGGUAUUCCCUGUGACAAGGCUAACGAAGACAAAGAACAGAAAGGUUUCAUCGACUAUCAAGAAAAUAAGGCAGUCUUACCAAAUGGUAUAACAAUUGAUCUCAAUGCAAUGGGUAAAAAAUCUAAGAGGCCAUUAAGAACAACGACUAAUCACUAGAAAUUAAGUACUAACAUAUAUUUAUUUUAGGAGCUCUAAUUUUAGGACACCUGUUUGUCAUGUCAUGUAGUGUUAACUAAGAAAUAAUUAUAUUUUGUUAAAUGGUUUUAAUAAGACAAAUAAAAUAUCUAUAUAA